CGCUCUCUGAAACCCUGGGAUAUUAGGUUUUUGUCCCGCUUCUGUUCGCUUCGUCUCCUGUUUACAGGGAGGAGGGGCCGGAGGAGGCCGAGCUCUCUGCGCAUGGCAAACAGUGAUUCCAGGCUGAGGAGACAAGAGAAGGAAGGGAGAAGAGCCGGAGAGCUGACACUCAGAUACUGAAGAUCAACCCAUGUGAUGAGUCGAGUCACCCUCAUCCCUCUUUUUCAUCUCUAUAGUAAAAGGUGAACACUUUCAAUUCCCUGAUUAAUAUUAGAGAUUAGGCAAUGGCUCCCCUCCUGGAAUAUGAAAAUCAGAUCUUCCUAGACCUCUUCCAUGAGGAUGGACUUGUCAUCACUGCUCGUGGACUUGGCAUUGAUCGAAUUCUGCAGAAUUUCUUGAAGCUUUAUUGUGAUCCUGGGAACUUGGUGCUGGUGCUCAAUAGUAAUACUGCAGAGGAGGAGUAUCUAAUUGAACAGAUGAGAUCAGAAGGAGUCACCCAUUUGCCACGUAUUGUCACCAAUGAGGUUAGCAGCAAUGAGCGUUAUGAUGUCUACACACAAGGAGGAGUACUAUUUGUCACUAGUCGUAUCCUUGUGGUUGAUUUCCUCACUGAUAGAAUUCCUGCCAACCUGAUAACUGGUAUCCUUGUUUAUAAGGCACACAAGAUUAUCGAGUCCUGCCAGGAAGCCUUCAUACUGCGCUUAUAUCGGCAAAAGAACAAGCAGGGCUUCAUUAAAGCUUUUACAGACAAUCCAGUCGCCUUUAACGCAGGUUUCUGCCAAGUGGAACGAGUAAUGAGAAACCUAUUUGUCCGAAAACUUUAUUUAUGGCCAAGGUUUCAUGUGUCUGUAAAUUCAUUUUUGGAGAAGGAAAAGCCUGAAGUAGUGGAGCUGCACAUCACAAUGACCCCAGCCAUGCUGGCCAUACAAGCAUCUAUACUGGAUAUAAUGAAUGCUUGUUUGAGGGAGCUCAAACGCUACAAUCCCGCUCUGGAGGUGGAAGAUCUGUCCCUGGAGAAUGCAAUUGGCAGGGCAUUUGACAAGACUAUACGACAUUACUUGGAUCCUUUGUGGCAUCAGCUUGGAGCCAAAACAAAAUCUUUGGUCCAGGAUUUGAAAAUCCUUCGCACCCUUUUACAGUACCUGUCCCAGUAUGACUGUGUGACUUUCCUGAACUUGCUGGAGUCAAUGAGAGCAAGCGAAAAAGCAUUUGGACAAAAUUCAGGCUGGCUGUUUCUUGACUCAAGUACAUCCAUGUUUGUCCAUGCCCGAGGCCGGGUCUAUAAGGUUCCUGACUCAAAAUCUACCAAAAAAUGUAAAACUGGUGCUGAGCCAGAUGACAAGCAGGAUGGAAAGAGAGAGCUGGUUCUAGAAAGCAACCCUAAGUGGGAAGCUUUGAGUGAAGUUCUGAAAGAGAUUCAACUGGAGAACAAGAACAGUGAAGCUUUAGGGGGGCCAGGCCGUGUACUGAUAUGUGCCAGUGAUGAUCGUACCUGUGCCCAGUUGAGAGAAUAUAUUGCAGUGGGAGCUGAGGCUCUGAUGAUGAGACUGUACAACAAAACCUUUGGGAAAGAUGAGAAAGCUGCUGAAGUGUGGCUGAAAAACAGAAAAACUGUCAAAAAGAAGAAAGAUUUGGGCGUGAGUGGGAAAAACAUUCGGCCAAAGACGACAAAAGAAGGUACAAGUAAGCAGAAAAAAAAUUUAAAGAAGGCCGAGCUGACUUUAACUCAGAUGAUGGGAAAAGCAGGAGACGACAAUGUUGGGAAAGAUCAAGAUGAAGACCAAUUCGGCGAGGGAAGUAUUAGUAUUGAGAGUAGUGUCGAAGAGCCAAAGUAUGAAGACCUUGAAUUGAAUUUGCCUUCCGACUGUUAUUAUGGCAUCUUGAAGGAGCCCCUCACUGUCAUCCAUCCAUUGCAAGGUUGCACUGAUCCCUAUGCACUUACUAGGGUACUGCAUGAAGUGGAACCAAGAUAUGUUGUCUUAUAUGAUGCAGAGCUCAGCUUUGUGCGACAGCUCGAGAUAUACAGGGCAAGCAAGCUAAAGACUUUAAGGGUUUAUUUUCUUAUCUAUGGAGGAUCCACAGAAGAGCAGAGAUACCUCACUUCACUCAGGAAGGAAAAAGAAGCAUUUGAGCAGCUGAUUAGAGAAAAGGCCAGCAUGGUGAUCCCUGAGGAGAGAGAAGGAAGAGAUGACACAAACUUGGAUCUUCUGAGAGAUGUUUCCCAAGCCUCAGAUGCCACUGAUACCCGCAAAGCUGGCGGCCAACAGCGGAAGAAUGUGCAGCACAAUAUCAUUGUCGACAUGAGGGAAUUCCGAAGUGAGUUACCAUCUCUGAUCCACAGACGCGGCAUUGACAUAGAACCUGUCACUCUAGAAGUGGGAGAUUAUAUUCUGACACCAGACAUAUGUGUAGAGAGGAAAAGUGUGAGCGACUUGAUUGGUUCAUUGAACAAUGGACGUCUCUUCACACAAAGCGUUUCUAUGUGCCGAUACUACAAGCGGCCUAUUCUUCUGAUAGAAUUUGACCCCAACAAGCCAUUCUCCCUCACUUCUCGAAGCUCACUCCACCAGGAAAUUUCAGUUAAUGACAUUACCUCAAAAAUCACCCUUCUUACCCUUCACUUUCCUAGACUUCGCAUUCUGUGGUGUCCAUCACCUUACGCCACUGCAGAACUGUUUGAGGAGCUGAAGCAGAACAGGCCACAACCUGAUGCUGCAACUGCCAUGGCUAUUACUGCUGACUCGGAAACCAUCCCAGAGUCUGAGAAAUAUAAUCCAGGCCCUCAGGACUUCCUUCUAAAGAUGCCAGGGGUCAAUGCCAAAAAUUGUCGAGCAAUAAUGAAUCAUGUAAAGAACAUAGCAGAACUGACAAUGCUAUCUCUAGAGAGAUUGUCUGAGAUUCUCGGAAACUCCAAUGCAGCAAAACAACUUUAUGAUUUUAUUCACACAUCUUACACAGAAGCAAUUUCCCAGGGGAAAGCAAAACGUUGAUGUAUGAGUGUGUGUGUAUAUACAGUCAUGGUUGUAAAUGUUGGCACCCCUGAAAUAUUUCUAGAAAAUUAAG